UUUAAUAAACGGCGCCAUUUUGAAUCAGGGAUAAUAAAAUCCCUAAUUCCCAAAACAGGUAGCCACGCAGAAGAGAAUUUCCCCUCUUCCCUUCACCCAAUCUGCCUUCCUAAUCCACAACUACUGAGUACUGACUUUUUCAAUUUCAGGCAGAGCAUGUGAACAACAGUUUUUAUCAAAAUCGUGGCCUGAAAAGAAGGAAAAAGAAGAAGAGGAGCAGGGUGCUUUUAGUCUAGGGUUUUCAGUGACUCCAUAAGGUAAAUCAAAUAUGGAUCCUCGAUACACCGGAGAGAUACUCAAGCAUUUAGAGAAGCAGAAUGAGUUAUUAACGAGCGCUUAUAAUUCAAUGUCACAUGAAUUGCACAAGCUCCAGGUAGAGGAGGAAAUGCUGAUGCGCAAAUUUUAUGAUCUCAUGGCUGCUCAAGGGAUAAGUAAAAAGUGUUCUUUUCUGGCUGUCAACAAACUUAAAAGGAGUGAGAAUGAAGAAAGUGAAUUGGUGGAAGCUAAAAGAAGGCAGCAACAAUGUUUCGGAUGGUGGCCGAACAGGACAGUCCACUGCAUCACUCCCAAAUACUGUUGAUAUUUCUGAUGGUGGCAUAGAUAGACACUCCAGUGCAGUAGUCCCAUUUACAGCUACUGAUGAACAGAUGUGAAGAUAUCAAGGUUGCUUAAAUCUCUGUUUCAUUAAUUCGUGAAGGUCUUUUUCUAAGAGAUCCUUUUGUUCUACCUAAUAUAGCUACGAAAUGUUUGAUGCUUUAUGGAAAAGGGGAUCUCAUGUAGCUCAAACAUGAUAAAAUUGUAUUUCUUACUGAUGAAUGACCAAAUUCUAAUGAAUAUGUGUGUUAGCUA